AUGACUCCGCAGCAACCAUCCCGGGCCUACUCGACCUCCUCAGGAGCGUACCGAUACCAAGAAACCGGUGAAGACCCUUUUCUCGAGGAAGCUACCGCUCCUGAACAACUAGCAGAGUAUGAACCCUAUAGGGGAUAUACCGAAUCCAUGCCGUAUCAGGGUGACCUGGGUGUCAAUCGGCACAGUUUCGACUAUGAUCAGAACCAAUAUGAGGAGCACGAUGAAUCCAGCCAACGAUUACCGUACUAUAACGAUAAUGUUCCCCUGACCUCGCCUACCGUGCCCUAUCCUACUGAAGAGACGUACAACAAUGGGUACUCCGAACCAAUUGGCGGUGUUCAGGGGCUACCUCAAGUUCAAGAUUCCCGACCCCUCCGUGGUUUGGGGCUGUCGGGUCUCGAUGAUGCACAAAGCAGCAUGUACAGCGAGCACAAGCUGGGUCGAAAUGACAGUGUCGUUGGAGGCGGUGACGAGUCUGCGUUCGAGGUCGGUGAACUGCGUACAUCCGAUCACCACGACACGAUGACUUCCACGGAAGAUUCUGACCAGGAGACCCAGGAAUGGCUCCAGCGUCAAAGACCCUCUGCUCUACGUCGGGCUGGCACUCGCAAGGUCGAUCUUGUAAAGGGUCAGGUGUUCAGAUUUGAGUACGAAGUGCCUACUGCGGUUAAAAUGUCUGCACUGCCAGAGUACCGUGAUGAAGAAGCCGGAAGAACAGAGUUCAGUCACAUGCGCUAUACGGCAGCUACUUGCGAUCCAGAUGAUUUCCGGUUUGAAAAUGGUUACUCACUCAGAUCGGCUGAAUAUGGACGAAAGACUGAACUGCUUAUCACUGUGACAUACUAUAACGAGGACAAGGUACUUACAGCUCGAACCCUUUACGGAAUCAUGCAGAACAUUCGUGAUAUUUGCAACCUCAAGCGGUCUGAAUUCUGGGGUCAAAACGGCCAGGCAUGGCAGAAGAUCAUGGUUGUGCUCGUCAUGGAUGGACUUGACCCUUGUGACAAAAACGUGCUGGACAUGCUUGCCACAGUAGGUGUAUACCAGGAUGCGGUAAUGAAGAAAAACGUUAACGGUGAAGAAACAGUGGCUCAUAUUUUUGAAUACACCACCCAGCUCUGUGUUACUCCUCAGCAGCAGCUCGUCCGACCCGAGCAAGGCAAUUCGUCUUCCAUGCCCCCGAUCCAGAUGCUGCUGUGCUUGAAACAAGAGAACUCCAAAAAGAUCAACUCUCACCGCUGGGUUUUCAACGCUUUUUGCCCAAUGUUAAAGCCUGAGGUUGUGGUACUCAUUGAUGCAGGAACUAGACCGGGUCCUAAAUCGAUUCUGCACUUGUGGCAGGCGUUCUACAACAACCCGACGGUUGGCGGUGCCUGUGGUGAAAUACAUGCUAUGCUGGGUCCCCACAAGCGUUACUUGAUUAACCCUCUGGUGGCUGCUCAGAAUUUCGAGUAUAAAAUUUCAAACAUUCUGGACAAGCCGCUCGAGUCCAUGUUCGGCUAUAUUUCAGUACUUCCUGGUGCGUUCUCUGCUUAUCGCUACGCGGCAGUCGAAGGGCGUCCUCUUGAGCAGUAUUUCCAUGGUGACCAAACUCUAGCGAAAAGAUUGGGAAAGAAAGGCGUCAACGGCAUGGGAAUUUUCCGCAAGAACAUGUUCUUGGCCGAGGACCGCAUUCUGUGUUUGGAAGUUGUUUUUAAACGGGACUGCAACUGGCACCUGUCCUAUGUCAAGGCUUCAAAGGCAGAAACCGAUGUCCCAGACGGCGUGGCAGAAUUCAUGGGCCAGCGCCGUCGAUGGCUGAAUGGCUCCUUUGCUGCUGGUAUUUACGCUAUUAUGCAUUUCGGUCGUGUAUACCAUUCGCGUCACAACCCACUUAGAAUUCUGUUUUUACAUCUCCAGUUCUGUUACAACAUUCUUCAGCAGAUUCUGUCUUGGUUCAUGCUGGGGUGCUACUAUCUGACAAUCACCAUUAUUAUUGAACUUUCAGCAAACCCUCGUGAAUUCGGUGCUGAAACUGACCAAAAAUCAUUCCCCUUUGGCGUUCGGGCCUCCUCGAUUAUUUCCAUCAUUGUGAAAUAUGUAUACACUCUUUUCCUCAUGGUGUCUUUCAUCCUGGCUUUAGGCAAUCGCCCUAGAGGGUCAAAAUGGUUUUACUACUUUAUGAUGUUUGUUUGGGGUGUUAUUCAAAUCUACGCUUUGAUUAUCUCUUUCUACCUUGCUUCUAACGCGUUUAGUGACAACAUGGUGGAUUCAGUUGGAGAGUUUUUCUCAAACUUCUUCACCUCAACCACCGCACUGGUUGUUGUGGCACUAGCGUCUACGUUCGGCUUGUAUAUUGUGUCUGGCCUUAUAUACCUUGAUCCUUGGCAUAUUUUGACAUCCUUUGCUCAGUACAUGUUCUUGAUGCCAAGCUUUGUUAAUGUGUUGAAUGUGUACGCAUUCUGUAAUUGGCACGAUGUUUCGUGGGGAACCAAGGGAAGCCAUGUGGCUGAUUCUCUUCCCGAAGCCAAACUCGUCAAAGUCGGUGAGGUUGCUGUUGUCGAAGAAGCAACCAAGUCGAUCACAGAUAUUGAUGAAGAGUUCCAGCAAGUUGUGAAGCGAGCCCUGACUCCUUAUAAACCGGCAAAAAGGACUGAUGGUGCUACGGAUGAGGAUAAGUCGCAGAUGUUCCGCACAUACUUGGUUAUUAUUUGGAUCGUUUCGAACAUUGUGCUUAUUUGGGCAAUCACGUCUACAGAUAGCUCGGCAUUGGGCAUGACCGAUUCAGUUAGAGAGAGAAUCUCCCGUUUCUUUGCUGUUCUACUGUGGUCGAAUGCUGUCGUUGCCAUUGUGAGAUUCAUUGGAUGUCUGGUAUUCGUGCUCAAGUCCUUCUUUGUUAGAAUUUUCAACAGACGCUAA